UGUAUUUAGGUAUAAAUAGAAACAGAGCUUUAAAAUUUCAAUGGAAACUUUGGAGCAUGACAUAGUUUGUUUGGUUGAUUCAUUGAAAUAUUUGAAAGAUGAUAUCCAUCAGCAAAUUCAAGCUUUGGAGCAUCUUUCUAAUAUGUGUUUAGAGGAUAAAGGUGGUUAUUUCUUUCAAAAAGUUGGUGGUCUUUCUGUUGUAUUAAAAAUGAUUUUUGAUAAAAAUCAGAAUCCUUUGGUUUUACAAAAAUCUUUCCUUACACUUGGAAAUGCUUCAUUAGCAAAUGAUGAAAAUAAAAAUAUAUUAAACACUGAUCAUCUGAUGACUCAUAUUAAAACAAUGUUGAUGAAAGAUUCUACUCAUAAGCUUAUUGCCGCAUCUUCAUAUCUUUUGGCAUGCAUAUGUAGUGGAAAUGAGAAAGCACAGAACAGAGCCAGAAAGUGCAGAUGCUUAGAGAGUUUAGUGAUGUUAUAUAGGCACUUUCAUCCAAAUGGGGAAAUCCCAGAAUGUUCCCUAGAUGAAGAAUGGUUUGAGAAGGCAGGUAGUCAGGCUCCUAUUGUUCUUACUCAUAUAUCACAUGCAUUAAAAUCAAUCAUAUCCAAACCAACAAAUAAAGAAAAUCAACUUUUGUGUUCCAAGUUGCUAAUUCUUGCUAUAAAUACUUUUAUGUGCGGACACAUUACAUUAAAAGCAGAAGCCUUGUGUUUUAUAUCUGAUUGUGUGUAUGAAAAUGCGAAAGCCUUACAAAUUUUUAACAUGGUUGGCGGUAUUCGUUGCUUAGCAAAAGUGUUAAAACAGCAGUUAAAUGAUGUAACGGAAGUUGAUUUGUUACCCUGUAUUCUGGACACACUUACUAUAGUUUUUACAGAUUGUAAUUCUAACAAAGACUGUGCUUCAGAAAUGGGUAUUGUUAAUGAUUUAGUUGAUUGUCUUCGAUUGAAAAUAAUUCAUAAUGUUCAACUUAAAUGUCUCAUAUGCAUUGCAGAAUGUGUGCAUGAAAAUGAAAAAUGUCAAAAGGCUUUUCUUCAGUCCAAUGGUAUACCUGUGGUUAUUGGUCUCAUGUCAACAAAACAGGAUGAAACUAUUUCAAAAGUUGGAAUGACAAUUCUUCAAAGUUGUGUGGCCAAUAUUACUGAUUAUGGUGAUACAAACGUUUCAGAUAUGAACCCAUCAUUUGGUGUUUCAAAGUUACUUAAUUUUUUUGGAAAUGAAAUAUUGCAAAAACCCGAGUAUAAAAAAAGUAAAUCUUCCCACAAUAAAACUAUCAAUUUUGAGGAAAAAGAAAACAUAAACAAAAAGCAAAACUGUUCAAAAUUAGAACAAAAAGAGAAUAUUAUUAAAAUGAUGAAAUUUAAUGUCGAUAAAGAUGCUUCUAACAAAGGUUGUGAGCAAGAAAUGAUUGGUUUACUUCUUGAACAAAAAAAAAUAAUGCAAAGUUUUCAAAAAGACUUUAAUAAAUUUAAAGAAGAGGUUAAGGCCUCAGAUUUAUCAAGUACUAAUAUAGAUUUUGAGAAGAUAAAUCGAUCUUUACCAGAUGAUGGUUUAAUGUCAACACCAAAACGAAGGCCUUUGUUAUUUUCAAGCAGUACUAAAAGAAAUAUUUAUUCUUUGGAAAAUGUAGUUACUUCUCAAGUUUAUGACACAAAUCAAAUACUUGGCAGAACUCAAACAAAUUCAAAUACUUCUGUUGAAAAUUUUAACAAUGGAAGUUUGGUAUGUGAUGAGAGACCAGCUCUUGCAAAAAAACAAGGCAUUUCUCACAAUAUAUAUCCACCAACAGAAAAGGAAGACAAGAUUGAUUUCAAAUCGAUACCUCCUUUUAACUUGACAAUGGGCACUAUAGAAAAAGUAGAGAAAUGGCGUCAAGAAUGUCCCACAUCAAACUUUCAUCAAAAUUUUGAUGACUAUAAUGAUAUUCAAAGUAAAUCAUUUAAAGUUCCAACAGGUUCAAUGAUUUUAAAGAAAAAAAAUCUGCCAAAGUUUACUGAGAAUUUUCAAGAAAAUUGUAGCCAUGGAAGUGUUACACCAUCAAUGUGUUUGUUAAGAAAACCAACUGAAGAGAUUCAAUGUGCCCCAAGAAAACCCCCAAUUACUAAACGACGUCGGCUAAUUGAUUUUGACUUUAAACAGUUCUCUACGCCUGAGCACAAUACUAACUGUUUGGACACUACAAAAAGAGCACUUAAUUUUGCACGAUUUUCUAAUCUAGAGAAACUUAAUUUUAGUAUUAACGGUGAUUUAAAAUUGCAGUCACAAGCAGAUGACUCUGAGUGUGUAUCAGCUGCUGUUAAAAAUGUUAGUAUGCCUAAUGAAAUGGAAGUUAAAGAAAAAAAUUCAUCUCAAUGUAUUGCAUGCAAUCCAUUCAAUCGCUUUAAUAUUGUUUCUGUUAACUCCAGAAAUUUAUAUUCAAUACUGAAACAAAGUCACACUUGUCUUUUUCAUGAAGAAUUUUUGAGAAAAUGUUUCAAUUGGAAAUAUGGAACUUUACACUCAUCUAUGUUUAACAUUUCUAAUGUUAGUUUAUCAAAUAAUUCAGUUACCAAAAGUAUAUCAAAGGUACAAAAGAAAAGCUUCAUAUUUGAUGAUGAUGUAAAAAGCUUUGCCUCACUUGCUUCGACUGGAACCUCAGUUGCAAGCAGACGCAGAUCUCGCCAAGACUAUUCUAAAGAAGAAGUUAAUUACAUUUUAGAAGGUGUUGAGAGAUAUGGUACAAGGUGGACUGCAAUAUUAAAUUCUUAUCCGUUUAAAAAUGGUAGACAAGCGACAGAUUUGCGUGGAAAGUAUAAACAAAUUAAGAAACUGAAUAUCUUGUGAAAUAUUUUCAAAUCAUUUCAGUCCAAUAUUGGAAUUAUUUAAUUGUUCGAUUAAAAAGCGACAACGAAUAAAAGCGAGAAAUUAUUUAUUUUCUCCUGUUUCAAUUUUUUUUAAAUUUGGUUUUUAUUUCAUUUUUAUUUUUCAUGUUGUUUAUCUCUUUUUUGUGUGUAUUUGCAUCAUACAGUGUCUUCUUCAGGUUGAUUACAGUUUGUUUGUUUUUUUAUUAUUAUGUUGUUAUAUUUUUUGUUGUAUGUUAAAAUUCUUUAAAAUAUAUUAUGAAUUAAAGAUAUAUUUAUUCACAUGAAACAAUUUUAUUUGCACAACUCAUAACUUGUACAAUGGUGUGCGUGAUUUGAUUUUAGGAAAACUUUUAUAAAGGUUUAUCA